GAGGCGGUGGCGGCGGAGGCGGCACCGAGCGCUGUGUUGGCCCCGGUGCGGCCGAAGUCGCGGUAGAGCGUAGCCCCCACGCCCCUCCCCCGUCCGCGCCCUCCCUCUUUCCCCGGAGAUGGAGAAGGCGACGGUUCCGGUGGCGGUGGCGGCGGCGGCAGCUGAGGGAGAAGGGAGCCCCCCGGCGGUGGCGGCUGUGGCGGGCCCCCCCGCGGCUGCACCGGCAGCGGAGGUCGGCAGCGGCGUUGGCGGCGGUGGCGGCGGCGGCAGCGGGGCUCGCUCGGCCUCGUCUCCUCGUGGGAUGGUGCGAGUCUGCGAUCUGCUCCUGAAGAAGAAGCCGCCGCCGCAGCAACACCACAAGGCCAAACGUAACCGGACUUGCCGACCCCCCAGCAGCAGCGAAAGCAGCAGCGACAGCGACAACAGCGGCGGCGGUGGAGGCGGCGGCGGAGGCGGCGGAGGUGGCGGCGGCGGCACCAGCAGCAACAACAGCGAGGAAGAAGAGGACGACGACGACGAGGAAGAGGAGGUUUCUGAGGUGGAGUCUUUCAUUUUGGAUCAGGAUGAUUUGGAAAAUCCAAUGCUGGAAACGGCUUCCAAGUUACUCUUGUCAGGUACUGCUGAUGGUGCAGACCUCAGGACAGUAGAUCCAGAAACACAAGCUAGACUGGAAGCUUUACUAGAAGCUGCAGGAAUAGGCAAAUUAUCUACGGCUGAUGGUAAAGCCUUUGCAGAUCCUGAAGUGCUUCGGAGGUUGACAUCAUCUGUUAGUUGUGCGUUGGAUGAAGCUGCUGCUGCACUUACCCGUAUGAGAGCUGAGAGCACAGCAAAUGCAGGGCAGUCGGACAACCGCAGUUUGGCAGAAGCCUGUUCAGAAGGAGAUGUAAAUGCUGUGCGAAAGUUACUCAUUGAAGGGCGAAGUGUAAAUGAACACACUGAGGAAGGGGAGAGCCUCCUUUGUUUAGCUUGUUCUGCUGGAUAUUAUGAGCUUGCACAGGUUUUGUUGGCAAUGCAUGCCAAUGUGGAAGAUAGGGGGAUCAAAGGUGACAUUACACCUUUAAUGGCUGCUGCUAAUGGAGGACAUGUCAAAAUUGUGAAGUUGCUGCUAGCUCAUAAAGCUGAUGUCAAUGCACAGUCUUCAACAGGCAAUACAGCACUUACAUAUGCUUGUGCUGGAGGUUAUGUAGAUGUUGUAAAGGUGCUCUUGGAAUCCGGUGCUAGUAUUGAGGACCAUAAUGAAAAUGGUCAUACUCCUCUUAUGGAAGCUGGAAGUGCUGGACAUGUGGAGGUAGCCAGAUUGCUGCUAGAAAAUGGGGCUGGCAUUAAUACGCAUUCCAAUGAAUUUAAAGAGAGUGCCCUUACGUUAGCUUGUUACAAAGGACAUCUAGAGAUGGUGCGAUUUCUUUUGGAAGCAGGCGCAGAUCAAGAGCAUAAAACAGAUGAAAUGCACACUGCUUUAAUGGAGGCUUGCAUGGAUGGCCAUGUUGAAGUAGCUAGGUUACUUCUUGACAGUGGUGCCCAAGUGAACAUGCCUGCUGAUUCAUUUGAAUCACCAUUGACUUUGGCUGCAUGUGGUGGGCACGUGGAACUUGCGGCUUUACUUAUUGAAAGAGGAGCUAGCCUGGAAGAGGUCAAUGAUGAAGGUUAUACACCAUUGAUGGAAGCUGCUCGUGAAGGACAUGAAGAAAUGGUGGCGUUACUUUUAGGCCAAGGAGCAAAUAUCAAUGCACAGACAGAAGAAACUCAAGAAACUGCCUUGACUUUGGCUUGCUGUGGAGGCUUUCUGGAAGUGGCAGACUUUCUAAUUAAGGCAGGAGCUGAUAUAGAACUAGGGUGUUCUACCCCUUUAAUGGAAGCUGCUCAAGAGGGUCAUUUGGAGUUAGUUAAAUACUUAUUAGCUGCAGGCUGUGUAUCUAACACUACUGCAGGAGCUAAUGUUCAUGCAACAACAGCAACAGGGGAUACAGCACUAACAUAUGCCUGUGAAAAUGGUCAUACCGAUGUAGCAGAUGUCUUACUUCAGGCAGGAGCAGAUCUGGAGCAUGAAUCUGAAGGUGGAAGAACUCCUUUAAUGAAAGCUGCAAGAGCUGGUCAUGUUUGUACCGUUCAGUUCCUAAUUAGUAAAGGAGCAAAUGUGAAUAGAACCACAGCUAACAAUGACCAUACUGUACUAUCCCUGGCUUGUGCAGGGGGUCAUCUGGCAGUGGUGGAACUACUUUUGGCUCAUGGGGCAGAUCCUACUCACCGUUUAAAAGAUGGCUCGACUAUGUUGAUAGAAGCAGCAAAAGGUGGUCAUACAAGCGUUGUUUGCUAUCUUUUGGACUAUCCUAAUAACUUGCUUUCAGCCCCUCCACCAGAUGUCACUCAGUUAACACCCCCAUCCCACGAUUUAAAUAGGGCUCCUCGUGUACCAGUUCAAGCACUGCCCAUGGUUGUCCCACCUCAGGAGCCUGACAAACCACCUGCCAAUGUUGCCACUACUCUUCCCAUCAGGAAUAAAGCUGCUUCUAAACAAAAGUCCAGCAGCCAUUUGCCAGCAAACAGCCAGGAUGUACAGGGUUACAUCACCAAUCAGUCUCCAGAGAGCAUUGUAGAAGAGGCUCAGGGAAAGUUAACAGAACUGGAACAGAGGAUAAAAGAAGCCAUAGAAAAGAAUGCACAGCUGCAGUCCUUGGAACUGGCUCAUGCUGACCAACUUACCAAGGAGAAGAUCGAGGAGCUGAACAAAACAAGGGAGGAACAAAUUCAGAAGAAACAAAAGAUUUUGGAGGAACUACAGAAAGUAGAACGAGAAUUACAACUGAAAACUCAGCAGCAGCUAAAAAAGCAGUAUCUAGAGGUUAAAGCUCAAAGAAUUCAACUUCAGCAGCAGCAGCAACAGUCUUGCCAACAUCUGGGACUGCUAACUCCUGUUGGGGUUGGAGAACAGCUUUCCGAGGGAGACUAUGCACGGUUACAGCAAGUGGAUCCCGUUUUGCUUAAAGAUGAACCCCAGCAAACUGCUGCUCAGAUGGGUUUUGCACCAGUCCAGCCUCUGGCCAUGCCUCAAGCUUUGCCUCUGGCGGCAGGUCCCUUGCCUCCAGGGUCCAUCGCAAAUCUUACAGAACUGCAAGGAGUGAUAGUUGGACAGCCAGUACUGGGCCAAGCACAGUUGGCAGGGCUGGGGCAAGGAAUUCUGACAGAAACACAACAAGGGUUAAUGGUAGCCAGCCCUGCUCAGACCCUCAAUGACACGCUGGAUGACAUCAUGGCAGCAGUCAGUGGAAGAGCAUCUGCAAUGUCAAACACUCCUACCCACAGUAUCGCUGCUUCCAUUUCCCAACCUCAGACUCCAACUCCAAGUCCUAUCAUCUCUCCUUCAGCCAUGCUUCCUAUCUACCCUGCCAUUGAUAUUGAUGCACAGACUGAGAGUAAUCAUGACACGGCGCUAACGCUUGCCUGUGCUGGUGGUCAUGAGGAACUGGUACAGACAUUGCUAGAGAGAGGAGCUAGUAUUGAGCACAGAGACAAGAAAGGUUUUACUCCGCUCAUCUUGGCUGCUACAGCUGGUCAUGUUGGUGUUGUGGAAAUAUUGCUGGACAAUGGUGCAGACAUUGAAGCCCAGUCAGAAAGAACUAAGGACACACCGCUAUCUUUGGCUUGUUCUGGGGGAAGACAGGAGGUGGUGGAGCUAUUGUUAGCUCGAGGGGCAAAUAAAGAGCACAGGAAUGUUUCUGAUUACACACCUCUAAGCCUGGCUGCUUCUGGUGGCUAUGUGAACAUUAUCAAAAUAUUACUAAAUGCAGGAGCUGAGAUUAAUUCUAGAACUGGUAGCAAAUUGGGCAUUUCUCCUCUGAUGUUAGCAGCUAUGAAUGGGCACACAGCUGCCGUUAAGCUCCUGUUAGACAUGGGCUCUGACAUAAAUGCUCAAAUAGAAACCAAUCGGAACACUGCCCUUACCUUAGCCUGCUUCCAAGGAAGAACUGAAGUGGUUAGUCUUCUGCUUGAUAGAAAAGCAAAUGUGGAGCACAGAGCUAAGACUGGCCUCACACCGCUAAUGGAAGCUGCCUCUGGUGGAUAUGCAGAGGUGGGCCGAGUUCUUUUGGAUAAAGGUGCUGAUGUUAAUGCCCCUCCAGUGCCCUCCUCGAGAGAUACAGCUUUAACCAUAGCAGCAGAUAAAGGGCAUUAUAAAUUCUGUGAGCUUCUCAUUGGCAGAGGUGCUCACAUUGAUGUACGUAACAAGAAGGGGAACACUCCAUUGUGGCUGGCAGCAAAUGGUGGACACCUUGAUGUGGUUCAGUUACUGGUGCAAGCAGGUGCAGAUGUGGAUGCAGCUGAUAACCGCAAGAUAACUCCUCUUAUGGCAGCAUUUAGAAAGGGUCAUGUGAAGGUGGUGCGCUACUUAGUCAAAGAAGUCAAUCAGUUUCCAUCAGAUUCUGAAUGUAUGAGAUACAUAGCAACGAUCACUGAUAAGGAGAUGCUGAAGAAGUGUCACCUUUGUAUGGAGUCAAUAGUACAAGCCAAAGAUAGACAGGCUGCUGAAGCAAACAAAAAUGCCAGCAUUUUAUUAGAGGAGUUAGACUUGGAAAAGUUAAGGGAAGAAAGCCGGAGGCUGGCUUUGGCUGCAAAAAGAGAAAAGAGAAAGGAGAAGAGAAGAAAGAAAAAAGAAGAACAAAGAAGAAAACUAGAAGAGAUUGAAGCCAAAAAUAAAGAAAACUUUGAACUCCAAGCUGCUCAAGAAAAAGAAAAGCAUAAAGUUGAAGAUGAGCCUGAAGUCUUGACGGAGCCUCCAAGUGCCACAACCACUACUACCAUAGGUAUAUCUGCAACCUGGACCACUUUGGCAGGUUCCCAUGGUAAAAGAAACAAUACCAUAACUACAACCAGUUCAAAGAGGAAAAACAGGAAAAAUAAAAUUACUCCAGAAAAUGUUCAAAUUAUAUUUGAUGAUCCACUACCAAUCUCAUACAGUCAGCCAGAGAAGGUGAAUGGAGAGUCCAAGAGCAGCAGUACCAGUGAGAGUGGAGACAGUGAUAACAUGAGAAUUUCCAGUUGCAGUGAUGAAAGUAGUAACAGCAACAGCAGCCGAAAGAGUGACAAUCAUUCACCUGCUAUGGUCACCACCACUGUGACCAGCAAGAAGCAGCCAUCAGUUCUGGUUACAUUUCCAAAGGAGGAGAGAAAAUCUGUUUCUGGCAAGGCUGCAAUAAAAUUGUCAGAGACUAUCAGUGAAGUGACCAGUAAUUCUCUCUCCACUUGCACAAAAUCUGGUCCAUCUCCCCUUUCCUCUCCAAAUGGGAAAUUAACAGUAGCAAGUCCUAAGCGUGGACAAAAGAGGGAAGAAGGAUGGAAAGAAGUUGUAAGAAGGUCAAAGAAAGUAUCUGUUCCAUCAACUGUGAUAUCCAGAGUGAUUGGAAGAGGAGGCUGUAAUAUUAAUGCUAUUCGGGAGUUCACUGGUGCACACAUAGAUAUUGAUAAGCAGAAAGACAAGACAGGAGACCGGAUAAUAACUAUAAGGGGUGGCACUGAAUCAACAAGACAAGCAACCCAGUUGAUCAAUGCUCUGAUCAAGGAUCCAGACAAAGAAAUUGAUGAACUUAUUCCAAAGAAUCGUUUGAAAAGCUCCUCAGCAAAUUCCAAAAUUGGGUCAUCAGCACCUACCACCACUGCUGCUAACAGUUCCUUAAUGGGAAUUAAAAUGACGACUGUAGCUCUGUCAUCAACAUCUCAAACUGCCACAGCACUCACUGUGCCUGCAAUUUCUUCUGCAUCUACUCACAAAACCAUUAAGAACCCAGUGAAUAAUGUGAGGCCUGGUUUUCCAGUUUCUCUUCCAUUAGCAUAUCCUCCUCCACAGUUUGCACAUGCUUUGCUUGCUGCUCAGACUUUCCAGCAGAUCCGUCCACCAAGGUUGCCCAUGACGCACUUUGGAGGUACUUUUCCACCAGCUCAAUCCACUUGGGGUCCUUUUCCUGUCAGGCCUUUGAGCCCUGCCAGAGCUACUAACUCGCCUAAGCCUCACAUGGUGCCUCGCCAUAGCAAUCAGAAUAGCAGUGGUUCUCAGGUGAAUUCAGCAGGUUCUUUAACUUCAAGUCCAACAACUACAACCAGUUCAUCAGCUUCAACGGUGCCUGGUACAUCUACAAAUGGCAGUCCAAGUUCACCUUCUGUUAGAAGGCAGCUUUUUGUCACAGUUGUGAAGACAUCCAAUGCCACGACAACAACAGUCACAACCACAGCAAGUAACAACAGCACCGCACCCACAAAUGCCACAUAUCCUAUGCCUACUGCCAAAGAACACUACCCAGUAUCAUCCCCAUCUUCCCCAUCACCACCAGCCCAGCCAGGAGGGGUUUCUAGAAACAGCCCUUUGGAUUGUGGAACAGCAUCUCCAAAUAAAGGGGCAUCUUCCUCUGAACAGGAAGCAGGUAGUCCACCAGUAGUAGAAACAACAAACAGUAGACCUCCAAACAGCAGCAGUUCUUCUGGGAGUUCAUCAGUUCAUUCUACUCAGCAGCAACCUCCGGGAUCUGUUUCUCAGGAGCCAAGACCACCUCUUCAGCAGUCUCAGGUUCCUCCCCCGGAAGUUAGAAUGACUGUUCCUCCUUUAGUAACAACAAGUUCUGCUCCAGUGGCGGUGCCUUCUACUGCCCAAGUGACCUACCCUAUGCCUCAGACACAAAUGGGAUGCUCCCAGCCUCCGCCUAAAAUGGAACCCCCUGCUAUUAGACCACCCUCUCAUGGCACAGCUGCCCCUCACAAGAAUCCAGCUCCUGUGCAAAAUUCAUCUGUUGCAGUCCUCAGUGUCAAUCACAUUAAAAGACCUCACAGUGUUCCCUCUUCUGUCCAGCUACCUUCGACCUUAAGUACACAAAGUGCUUGUCAAAAUUCAGUACAUCCAGCAAAUAAGCCUAUUGCUCCCAAUUUCAGUGCCCCCUUACCAUUUGGGCCCUUUAGCACAUUGUUUGAAAAUAGCCCUACUUCUGCUCAUGCCUUCUGGGGAGGAUCUGUUGUUUCAUCUCAGUCAACACCAGAAUCUAUGCUAUCAGGAAAAUCCUCAUAUUUGCCAAAUUCAGAUCCUUUACAUCAGUCUGAUACUUCCAAAGCUCCAGGUUUUAGACCACCAUUACAGAGACCUGCUCCAAGUCCCUCAGGUAUUGUCAAUAUGGACUCACCAUAUGGUUCUGUAACACCUUCUUCUACACAUUUGGGAAACUUUGCCUCAAACCUUUCAGGAGGUCAAAUGUAUGGACCUGGGGCACCCCUUGGAGGAGCACCCACAGCUGCUAACUUUAACAGACAACAUUUUUCCCCACUUAGUUUGUUGACUCCAUGUUCAUCAGCAUCAAAUGAUUCUCCUGCACAGUCAGUAUCCUCCGGAGUUCGUGCACCUUCUCCUGCCCCAUCAUCAGUACCUUUAGGGUCAGAAAAGCCCAGCAACGUCUCUCAGGAUAGAAAAGUUCCAGUCCCUAUUGGGACGGAACGUUCUGCACGUAUCAGGCAAACUGGAACUUCAGCCCCAUCUGUUAUUGGGAGUAAUUUGUCCACAUCAGUAGGGCAUAGUGGCAUCUGGUCCUUUGAAGGGAUUGGUGGCAAUCAAGACAAAGUAGACUGGUGUAACCCUGGGAUGGGAAAUCCUAUGAUGCACAGGCCAAUGUCUGAUCCAGGAGUAUUUUCACAGCAUCAAGCAAUGGAGCGAGAGAGUACAGGAAUUGUAACUCCUUCUGGUACAUUCCAUCAGCAUGUUCCUGCAGGAUACAUGGACUUUCCUAAAGUUGGGGGUAUGCCUUUUUCUGUGUAUGGGAAUGCAAUUAUUCCUCCAGUGGCACCUAUUCCUGAUGGUGCUGGAGGACCCAUAUUUAAUGGCCCUCAUGCUGCGGACCCCUCUUGGAAUUCCCUGAUAAAGAUGGUUUCAAGCUCCACAGAAAAUAAUGGCCCUCAAACGGUGUGGACUGGACCCUGGGCACCUCACAUGAACAGUGUGCAUAUGAACCAGCUUGGCUGAUGAGGAUCAGCUUGUUAGCCUGCAGAUUCCUUUUCAUUCAGAGGAAAUCACAAGUGGCCGAAAAAAAUUUAUGCUCCCAAAUCAUUCUACUGAUGUGCUUGACUGAAGUGUGUAGGCUUUUUGCAGAAGAACUUACUAACUGACCUAUUUUCUGUGAACAUUUGUGACUGCCCAUUCCCCAUCAUCAUCUGUUUUACUUUAGUUAGCAUUUUUCUUAUCAUUUUUCUUUUUUUCUUUCCCUCUUGCCCCUUUGGACAUAACUUUCUGUUGAAGCUGUUCUUUGGCUGGUUGGUUUUAGUACUGUAAACUGCUUCUGAGCAAACACGGAAAUUUAGCAAAAUUAUGUAAACUUGAUCCUGAAGUUUUAGAAUGGCAAAUAAAUGUACAAUUGUUUACAUAACAGAAAAGGCUAAGCAGAAAGUAAAUUUCAAUAUGUCAGUAUAGAGGCUCUACUUUAUGUAGACUUAAAUUAAUGUGAGAUAUGUACCUUCAUAUUCAGAAAUCUGGAUGUUUCCUUCAUACAUUAAACUAUUAAUAAGUACAACUUUUUUGCUUGUGUAAUUUAAGUAUAAAGUAAAACAAUGGGCAUUAUCAGUGAAUGCUUCCCGACGGCUUUUAAAAUACCCAUGCUUCUCUCUUUUGAGUUUGUUUGCAGCAAGGGACAUAUAGAAUAAGAAAUUUAUCACUUUUUCAUGUCUCUUUAUUACAUUGUCACACUUUUAAAACUAAUACACACUUCUCUCUUCAUUCUUUUUUCUCUCCUCACCCUUACCACUAAUACCGGUAAAAUUUUCUUGCUGAUAGUGAAAUAAUUCUGUAAAGAUUUUUACUCUAAUGGCUGCUACGGAGAGGUGGAGAAUCUUCAUCAUCACCUGUCGUUUCUUCUAACCAUAAAACAUACAGUCUUUUUGAGAAUUUAAAAAGCCACCACUGGUUCCCAGUCAGCAUACAUAACCUCUUAAUAUACUGUUUAUUAUUAAACAAUUCAAUGUACUAUUUUAUAUUGGAUAAUAUUGAUUCUUAACAUUGGCUUUCUAGUCACCAGGAGUCAACAUAAAAAUUCCAGUUUUCAGUAAUUUAGUGUAAGGUGUUUGUUUUUUUGUUUUUUGUUUUUCAAUUUUAAAGGCUUCUUAAUCUCUACACUUGUGUAUUAAAAGCGAAAGGGAUCAACAGCUAACUUGGGGCAAGUAAUAAAAUACAUUUUGCAUUUUUCAUUACGACAAUUUAUGGUAGACAUGAACACACAGGUUACAAAAUAAAGUCUCCAUUUAACCUGUUUAUAUAAGACACAGGGCCACACUAAACUACUCAGUGGAAUUUAUCUAUUCAGUUCACUUGAAACAAUAAACAGUAACAUAUCCAAGAA